AUGGCAAAUGAUAAAUCGAGGCAUGGAGACAAUCCCCCCGGAUCUCCUUCACUAUUACAAUGGUUUGAUGAAAUUGAAAAAAAUGAAGCUGCUACGUUCAGGGGGCCUGUUAACAGUACUAAUACUGUUGGAGCUGAUCGUAGAACUGUGCCAGAUCCGCUAGUGCCAUGUUUUCCUCUUCCUGGGACAGAAGGAAUGUCUAACCCUUAUGCUAAGAAAAUGCCACUUAAUUUGAUGAACGAUUUCACUACAUCCAGUAACUCUCAGAAUCCUGUGCCUGCCGAUAGUUCUGUAUACGGGAAGGGUCUUUUACCAAUUUCAGAUUCAGAUUUUCUCUUUUGUGAAGGGAAUACUGACUUUGGUUAUUCAGUGACUCCUCAUAGUGUGAUCGAUGCUUCCUCCAAAAUCUGCGAUCUUCAAAACCCUUAUGUUGAUAGGGAAUUGGUAUCUGCUACAGGUUCAGCUGCAGCCGUAAAUAGUAUUCAGCAGCAUGGAGAUUUAGAUAGUAAUACGAGCAGGCCUCAGCUAAUUGAUAACUUCACUAGUGAUGGAGAUAUCACCCCUAUGUCAUGGCCCACAUUAGAUGGGAGCUGCCUAACCCUUGGAAUUGGGUGCAAGCCAAAUGAUUUAUCGGUAAGAAAUGUUGGUUUCGACUCUGAAAGGGAUGUCCUUCCUCGAUUGAACAUAUUUCACAGUCAAAACACCAACAGAAGUUUGCACCUUUCCCCUGACGUACCGACCAGAUUUUCUUCUGCUCAGAACAGUAUGCAGCAAAUUGAGAAACAGCAGCAAUUUCUUGUGCCGGGAAACAUAAAUGUUGAAGGGAACUGCGACGAAAGAUCCUUUUAUUUUGAUGCUAAUAACGGUACUCAGAGCUACCCAGCUGUUCCUAUUCUACCAUUUGAUAAUAGGCUAGCUAGGCUGCCUGAUUCUGGAUUGAGCAAGGUGAAUGAGUUGUCGUUGUCAUCGUGGUUGAAUAUGAGUACUUCUCUACCACUGUCUGACCAAUCACAGAAGCAUCAAAUGGAAUCAGGCACAAGAAACACUUCCAUGCACAAUCAAUCUGGGAAGCUUUUCACAGCUAAUGAGGGUGUUGCUGCACACGUUGCUGAAAGAGGUCUUUUUCCAGAAGAAUUCAGGUUCAGCCAGCUAGCUAGUAAUCCUCAUCAAUCUGAAGUCGCUAGUGCUCUUCUUUCUUCUACAAACCUUCCUGGAUCUGUGAUAACCGGUCAAGAAAUGCCAAACACCAAAUUUAAUAGGGCUGUUCAACCUUCUACAGCUCUUUUUGGAACAUCUGUUAAGAGGGCUGCAGCAGAAACACUCACAGCUACUUCACAUGCUGAAGCCAGUAAGACAAGAAGAACUCAAUCUUCGACUGGUCUGUCUGUAGAAGCUCCAUUCCCGGAAGUUUCUUCACUCAAAGUUUCAUCCCAUGAUGCUUCUUUUGCAAGUCGAGAUCGCACUUCUCCCUCUCUCCUACACCAGGCCAAAAGCACCACACUGAACAAACCCCAAUCCCAGAUGAGGUCUGUUCUUCCCCCCGAAGUUAAAGGUCUCUCAUCCCUGAUCCGGGAUGCUCCCUCUCGCCCACUCCAAGCCAGAAGUGCUCCAUUAUUGCCACCCUCACCCUGGACUGCUUCAUCUCUCCCACCCCAAGUCAGAAGUAUUCCAUCACUCUCAUCGCUAUCCCAAACUUAUCCCUCACUCCCACUCCAAGCUAAAAGCAUUCCAUUUAUCCAAUCCCUGUCCCAGACUACAUCUCUUGCACCUCAAGUCGACAUUUCAUCACUUCCAUCCCUAUCCCAUACUUCUUCUAUUCAGACCCAAGCCAUGAGUAUACCCUCAUUACCAACCACAACUUCUUAUAUACCAACCAAAUCCAGAGGGAAUGAAUUACUUCAACACCAAGCUCAGAUGGCUCACUUCCUCUUACCUCAAGCCCAAACUACUACAUCACUCCCAUUUUCAUAUAUGACUGUUCCAUCUCUCCUACCCAUCGCCAAUACUACAUCACCCCCAACUUUAUCCCAGAAUUGUCCCUCUUGGCCACUGCAGCCCCAAAAUGCUUCUUCACUUCCAUCACAACACACAAUUGGUCGACCACUGCCACCAAAAUCCUUGAGAAGUUCACCCCUUCCACAAAAACCUCGGACUGCUUUGCCACCCAGAUCUCAAAUUGCUUCAUCACUCUCAUCAAACUUUAGUGUUCCAUCAGCACUUCUUCCCCAAUCUCAGACUGCUUCCCCAGUUCCACGGAAAUGUAUUGCUCCACCUUCCUCAACUGCACCCCCCACUACAGAACCAGUCACACAAAAAGUUAACGUUCGACCUCUGCCACCUCAACGCCAGACUGAUCCAGUAUUUCAUAUAAAAUGGAAUGCUGAUGAUGAAACUCAACUGAUUGGGCACAAAUGCUUGAUAUGCAAGAGGGAUCUUGCCUUCACACCAGAAGGCCCUGUUUCUGUGCCACCUAUUGCACCAAUGGUUGCUGUUCUACCGUGUGGGCACACCUUCCAUGACCAUUGCUUGCACCUCAUCACCCCGAAAGAUGAAGUUAAAAGUCCUCCAUGCAUUCCUUGCGCCAUUGGCGAGAGUUGA